UUGGCGUUUUUCAGUCUCAUUGGGCAGGAGAGUACAUCAUUAGAGUACAGAAAGACGCUAUCCCGAAGAAAAAUGUUGUAUAUAAAAUUGUGUGUAAAGACUGUGAUGCUUCGUACGUUAACCAGACAGGCAGAAGAAUGAAAACAAGAACAGCGGAACACCGUAAUAACAUCAAUCAGAAUAACACGUCUCACUCAGUAAUCACAGAACACAGGAUUAAUUGUAAUCACGAAUUCGAUUGGGAUAAUGUUCAAAUCUUGGAUUCAGAGAGAUAUUUGGGCAGGCGCUUAGUGUCUGAAAUGCUCCACAUCCAGAUGCAAAAAAAUAGUUUGAAUCUAUAAUCGGACACUGAAUGCUUGCAUCAUGCAUAUCUUUCAUUGCUUAAAAAAUUAUGAAUCUUGUAAUUGCGUCGGGUGAUUCGAUUCCUGUAUUUUUAUAUCGACAUAAUUUAUAUAGUUUUUUUUCAAAUGAUAUUUUGAUUUUGGACGAAUCUUGGGAUGAACUGCAGUAGUCUCACAUUGAGAAAAAUUUAUUUAUAUCCAUUUUUAUCUAAUGGUCAUUGUCCUAAUUUAUUUAACUUAUUUUAUUAUUCAACUAUAAACUUGUUCUCUUCAUGUAAUCUGUGUAUUUCUCAACGGCGGAGAUUAUUUGUUUGUCUUUAGUUCCCCCUCCCUCCCUUCUUGAAUAUUGACUAUAUAUACUCUCUUAUUUGACGUUUCAAUGUUUCGUAUAUCCACGGUUAACGCUCAGUCACUUGUAAGCAGCGUUGUCAGAAACAUCGAAACACAGCAUUUGUAAUCGUGCUAGCAUAGUGACUGCAAGUUGCCACAAAAAACUUUUUAUCCAUGGCUUCGCUGGUCUUCGUCGUGAUCUGGUGGCACUGGAUGCUGCAGGUGUCGACGUCGCGAAUCUCUAAAGGACCGUCUACAACAGGAUUGGUCGUAGGGAGGAAAAUAGUAGGACAUAAGCAGUAGCGUAAUUUCUACAACCACGUGUGUUCACAAUGCGACGUUGUAACGAUAUAAGGCCGGCCAAUAAAAACAAAUUGUUUCAAAUCACAUGCAAAACAAUGAUGUAUUUUGAGUAGUUUAUUUUUGUGCUACAAGAAGAAAAAGAAUGAAGCAACGGCGCUGGUGGGUUCAGCCUGUGAACAGAUUACAAAAUGCUCAAGGAUUUUAUCAUAAUCUUGUUCAAGAAUUGGUUCAGAGUGACCACGAGGAAUUCUUUGGAUUAUAUAGAAUGUGGACUAAACAGUUCAAUUUAUUAGUUCAUUUGCUUCAUCCUCAUAUUAAGAAGAAUAGCAUUCGGACACCUCUUUCUUCAGAACUGCGCUUAGCUGUCACUUUGUUAUAUUUAUCUCAGGGUGAUAGCGCUAAAUUAUAACAUGUAGAAUUUAGAAUAGGCAAGUCAACUGUUCACAAAAUAGUAAAUGAGACUUGUCAGGCAAUUUGGAUAACGCUACAACCAAUUGUUUUGAAACCUCCUAGUAAAGAAGAUUGAAAAUCCUUUAGCGAGGAAUUUAUAAGAAAGUGGCAAUUUCCAAAUUGUCUGAGAGCAAUAGAUGGGCGUCAUAUGAGAAUUCAGGCACCACUCAAUUCUGGAUCGAUAUUCUACAACUAUAAACAAUUUUUCACCAUGAUACUGCUUGCCAUCUGCGAUGCAUUAUAUAAGUUUACUUGGGUUGACAUCAGGCAAUAUGGUUCUAUAAGUAAUGGUGAAAUGUGGGCUAACACUGACUUUGCAAAUGAUAUCGCUGCAAGCAAUUUACUCUUGCCAGAUCCCACACCACUUCCAAAAACAAAUAUUCCUUUUUCCUUUGUGUUUAUUAGAGACGAAGCUUUCCCACUUUCAACAUAUAUGAUGCGGCCUUAUCCUCGUAAAAAUCUAAUUAACAUGAGGAUUUUUAAUUAUUGCUUAUCACGUGCACCGCGUACCAUAGAGGAUGCCUUUAGAAUUUUGACUGCACGAUGGCGUAUCUUACACAAACCUCUUUGCAUGUCAACAACCAACUGUGAAAAUGUGUUGAAGGCUCUCGUCUGUCUACAUAUAUUUAUUAUGUAUAGUGAAGAACAAGAGAAUAUGAACAAUCGUCAAUAUUGUACAACAGAUUUAAUUGAUACCGAGAAGCGUGAUGGCAACAUUAGAGAAGGACAGUGGAGACGGCACUUUUCCCCACAUUUUGCUGAACUCGGUCGAUUAGAUGCUAACCGUGCAGAUUCUGUAGCGAAAGAAAUGAGAAAUAUCCUUAAAGGAUACUUUGUUUCUCCAGUUGGUGAAGCUCUAUGGCAAUACGAAUACACGUUCAAAGAGGUUAUUAUUAAUCCUUUUGUGAUAUAAUUUCUUAUACAUAUGAUAUACAGAAAAAAAUUGUUAUUACUGAAUUUAUUU